AUAUAUUUGUAGUAUAAUUCGAUAUAUAAUUCCCAAUGUCAUCUUCUUUACGUGCGUUGAUGCGCCGUGAGAAGGCUGCUCGUCGUGGCGCCGACACAUCCAUUACACCCCCGGCCCCGAAGAUACCUGCUAAGGGCGACUUGCCAAGCCACGAAAGCGAUGACGUAGAGCGGCCAAAGGCAAUUGACCACGUACCGGCGUCUGGUGAUGUCUCUGCUACCGCUGAAGUAGUAGAGGAGAUUUUGGAAAUCGUUUCGGAACCCGAGGAUAACGGUCCAGAUUCAAGUGCUCAUACCGAUAUUCUGUCUAAGCCAUCGCAGAAGGGCGCGUACCUUGACCUUAGUCAUUACAAUGAUCGCAGCUUGGCUCCGCCAUCACCCGGUGGCGAUAUGUCUAGUACCGAUACUACAGCAUUGGGACAUUCAGGGAUAAGUACUGAUGGAUCCAUUGAGGGUGGUAUCCAGCCUGAGCUCCUGGAUGACAUUCAUGUAUACGACCAGCUUAACACGGCGUUCAGCAGCCGAGUAGACUACGAGCGUGAGCGUAUAUUGAGCAACGUUGACGAUUCGGUAGUUGGUAUAGAACAGGUAUCGAUGGCUGAUGGUGGAAGCACCAUCACAUCAUCUAACUUCGGCAAGCCCUCAUAUCGUGUAUCUGCCGAUGCCAACCUGCCUGAUGGCUUCUUCGACAACAAACGUGCUGACGCACAGGUAAGGGGCAAGAUAAGUGCCCGUGAGGCGAAGGCCAAACUAUCGGACCUCGAUCGUAACCAUGCUGAGCUCUUGAAUGAGGCUCAGUAUGUCCAGGACAAGUAUAUAGAAUCAUGGCACGAGCGCAAGCGCCUUGAGCAUGAUGAACUUGAGCACGAGGAGGUGGUUAGCGAGCUUUCAGCCAAGGUGGCUGCGAUGAAGGACGAGCUGCUUGAGCGUGACGCACUGGUUGACAGCCACGUCCCUGAUCCAAAUCAAUCACAACUGCCUCCAGAGGUAAAAGUACCUAUUUACGAGGACAUUGAUGACGACUUCUCGUGGCGCAGAAAGGAACUGAUAUGAAUUAAUUACUACUUAGUGUAUCACUGGUCACUACAUGAUUAUAG